UUGUAACAUUUAUAUGGCAACAAAUUAUUAUUUUCUCCAAAGAAUCUGGAAAAUUAAUUCUUGGCCACAUCAUGUGUUUCAGACAGCUUUCCAUCCAUCCUGCAAAGGAUAAUAGCCAAUGAUGAUGGGUGGUCCUAAGAGGGUGUGACGUAGUUCCAAGCUUAAUAGUCAAACUCAAAUGCUGCAAGAAACUGACAAGAUAAACUGAUGCAACAAUGGUCAAGACUCUCUUUCCUCAAACUGAGCUCAAGUACCAUGAGACACAAGUAAGGGCCCUACUGUACUAUACAUGCUCUAACAGUAAGUAGAUCUUAAGUAACAACAAGAGACAAAACAAAGUAAUGGCAAGUAACCAGAACACAAGUUAUAUGACUGUACCGCCCAAAACCUUUCCUAUAAGUUCCCUUCUCUGCUAAGUUUACCUCUACUUCCUUCCUCUCAGUCUUUUCAAUAUCUCUCAAGAAAGUAAAAAAUGAGAUUGACCUCAUCCUUACGGUUCCAUAGACAAAACAACAAGACUUUCCUCAGAAUCUUCAUGAUCUUGGUUCUUAGCUGUAUACCAGGCAGAACCAAUCUUUGUUCCAAUCAUUCAGAUACUCGUUCCUCAUUAGAUUCACUCGAUUUAGAGGGCUACAUAACCUUUGAUGAUGUCCACAAUGCGUCCAAGGACUUUGGAAACAGAUACCAGUUCCCACCUUUGGCAAUUCUCCAUCCCAAGUCAGUUUCUGAUAUCUCAACAGUGGUGAGACAUAUCUUACACCUGGGAUCCACCUCAAAUCUUACAGUAGCAGCCAGAGGCCAUGGUCACUCGCUUCAAGGACAAGCGCUAGCUCAUCAAGGUGUUGUCAUCAACAUGGAGUCACUUCCAAGUCCUGAUAUCAAGAUAUACAAAGGGACACAACCGUAUGUUGAUGUCUCAGGUGGUGAACUAUGGAUCAACAUUCUAAAGGAGACUCUAAAACACGGUCUUUCGCCAAAGUCAUGGACAGACUACCUUCAUCUGACUGUUGGAGGUACUCUGUCUAACGCUGGUAUCGGUGGUCAAGCGUUCAAGCAUGGACCACAAAUCAACAAUGUCUACCAGCUAGAGAUUGUCACAGGCAAAGGAGAAGCUGUGACCUGUUCUAAGAAGCUGAAUCCUGAGCUUUUCCACAGUGUUCUUGGAGGGCUUGGACAGUUUGGCAUAAUCACACGGGCACGGAUCUCUCUUGGACCAGCACCACAUAUGGUUAAAUGGAUCAGGGUACUCUAUUCAGACUUCUCUACAUUUUCAAGGGACCAAGAACACCUGAUUUCGAAAAAGAAAGGUUUUGACUUCGUGGAAGGAUCUGUGACAAUCAAUAGAACAGAGCUUCUCAAUAACUGGAGGUCAUCAUUCACUCCCAAUGACUCCACAGAGGCAAGCCAGUUCAAGUCUGAUGGUAAAACUCUGUACUGUCUAGAAGUGGUGAAAUAUUUCAAUAAGGAAGAAGCUAACUCCAUGAACCAGGAAACUGAGAAGUUACUUUCAGAGUUGAGCUAUAUACCAUCUACUUUGUUCUCAUCUGUUGUGCCAUACAUAGAGUUUCUGGACCGUGUGCAUCUUGGGGAGAUAAAACUGAGAGCUAAGGGUUUAUGGGAGGUUCCACAUCCCUGGCUGAAUCUGCUGGUUCCCAAGAGCAGCAUAUUUGAAUUUGCUACUGAAGUUUUCAACAACAUUCUCACAAGCAAUAAUAAUGGACCUAUCCUUAUUUAUCCAGUUAAUCAAUCCAAAUGGAACAAACGUACAUCUUUGAUCACUCCUAGUGAAGAUAUAUUCUACCUCGUUGCCUUUCUCCCCUCUGCAUUGCAAAAUGAUUUAGAGCACCUUUUGAGACAAAACCAAAGAGUGCUUAACUUCUGUGAAGAAGCAAAGAUGAACGUGAAGCAGUAUUUGCCUCACUACGAGACUCAAAGAGAGUGGAGAUCACACUUUGGGAACAAAUGGGAAACAUUUGCAAAGAUUAAACAUGAAUAUGACCCUCUAGCGAUUCUAGCACCUGGUCACAGAAUCUUCCAAAAGGCAACACAACUGUAUCCUAUUCAACUUCAAUAAGCCAAGAGGGAAAAACAUACAUACAUUCAAAGGUAUCAUCAAAAAAUAAGCAGCAGAGAGUGAAAUUGAUUUUUUUUUUAAUUCUUCAACAAAUGAAAUAAACUGGGACACUGUAUAGGAUCCAUAAAAGCUUACAAAAAUGUCUUUACAAAAGGUUAAUAACAAUUCAGGCAGCAAGCAUCUGUUUCUAGUUUCCCAACAAGUAAAAGAUUAUGUUUUAUUGUUUUUGCUACAUUACAACAUGUUGUCUUGUCUAUGAUGUCCUGAAAUGUCUGGAUUCCAUGUCUUUAGUCUAACCAAACAAAAAAACACUCACGUGUGAAGUAACACAUACAAUACACACGUGUGUAUAAUAAUAUUAUUUUAUACUGUC